AUGGUCCUCCUCCUCCAUUUAAAUUUAUGGCAAACAUUGAAUUAUUGAGCCCACCAGGGCUCGGCCCUGGAAAGCCAAUGCCUGAUGAGGCACUUGCGCUCCCAAGAUUACUUAUAGAAGGUGACGCACUGGAGCCUGAUCGUGAAGAAAUAUUUCCCGGAACACCAGACAGUCCAGAACGGGAUGUCCGCGGACGUGUCUGCCAAAAAUUUUUU